AUGUCAUAUUAUAAAACAGGAGAAAUUGUUAAAUUCAUUGAAAAUGAUUAUAUUGAUGAAAAAUGCUAUUUAGCUAUUUGUAAAUUUACAAAUCAAUUAUAUUCUCUAAGUAAAGUCAUUCGAACUUCACUCCCAAUAUUUCUUGCUAAUUUAAUGCCAUGCUCUUCAGCAAGUGCAUUUGCAUUUUAUGAAAUUGUAUUAAAUUGUGAUGAUAAAAAAGGGUUAUACGAUUUACUUGAAGCCACUAUCAUUAUUUUAGACAAAGACAUUAUCAUUGAUGAAGUAUCAGGAAUUAUCAAAGGAGCUACUAUGAGUAUAUUAAGAAAAUUAAAAAAGAAUGAUAUUGACAUUGUUUUAUCUAAACUUACAAAAACUCAAAAAGUAAUAUUAAAAACACUAUUUGAAGAACAUGAGUCAUUAAAUAUUUCAAAGAAGAAAUAA